UGGUCUAUAUUAACAGAUUAAGCAGAACGCCUACUGCCCAUUACUCCCACCGGCACAACCACCACACGCACCGUUUACACGGUGUACUGUAGGGAGGUCCACCGCCCAAUUCAUCUGCCAUUUCGAUUUCAACCAGAUGGUUUCGCUGGGGCUCGUCCCUCCACUCCCUUCUCUGAAGAACCCUAACUUCCCAUGUGUUUACUGCUUCACGCCCACCAAUAACUUCAAUAUUUCGUCAAGGACCCUCCAAUUCAGCCACACCCAUUUCAAAUUUUUCUUUAAGGGUCCCAAUUUCCUGCCUUUCAACCACUCAGAAAGUAAAAAUGCUCUCUUUCAGACCCUUCGUUCUGAUAGAAUCAAAGACUCCAACAAAGAGACUGUAAAAGCAUCUUUGAACCCGGAGGAAGGGGAUGGCGGCGGAGGAGGCGGAGGCGGUGAUGGAGAUGAUGGACAGGUGGAGAAGAGUAGUGUGUCAUCGCCGGAAUGGCUGAAUUUCACUUCGGAUGACGCCAAGACAGUUUUUGCAGCGUUGGCCAUAUCGCUUGCCUUUAGGUCUUUUGUAGCUGAGCCUAGAUUUAUUCCCUCACUGUCUAUGUAUCCCACAUUUGAUGUUGGAGAUAUGAUUUUAGCUGAAAAGGUCUCCUAUUAUUUCAGGAAGCCCUGUCCCAAUGAUAUUGUGAUCUUUAAAAGCCCGCCAGCCCUUCAGGAAGUUGGAUACACAGACGAAGAUGUAUUUAUUAAACGUAUUGUUGCCAAAGAAGGUGAUAUGGUGGAGGUUCAUGAUGGAAAACUGGUUGUAAAUGGGGUUGUAAGGAAUGAAGAUUACAUUCUUGAAGUACCCAAGUAUGAAAUGAAUCAAAUUCGUGUACCAGAGAACUCUGUUUUUGUGAUGGGCGAUAAUCGAAAUAACAGCUAUGACUCGCAUGUCUGGGGUCCCCUCCCCUCGAAGAAUAUUUUAGGAAGAUCUGUGUUUCGAUAUUGGCCUCCGACCAGAGUUGGUGGUACAAUUCUUCCAGAUGGCUGCAAUACUGAAAAACAGGAGAAUAGUUUAGCUUCUCAAUGAUAUUGCCAUCGUUGUCAAUUCAGUUUCAAAAUUCGAAGCGGAGUCUUUCGGAUAGCUGCAACAUUGUGAUAGACCCCCACCUCCAAUAUUCCAUGCAAGUUGUUAUUAAUUCAUUAUUCUAGAUAAUUCCAUAGUUAGUUAGAAAAAGGGUAGAAUUGUAAUAACAAUUAGUAAACUCUCUAUAAAUGUAAUGGGGGGAAAGCUGGGAGGGGCAUUUUCAGAGAGUGGAAAUCUGGGUCAUUAGGAGAGGAGGCAACUCUCGAAACUUGCCUUGUUCAUUGUCAUUACAUUUACAUUUUGUUCAUCAUUCCAAUUGAAUAAAGAGUACAAUUCCUUGUUUACAAUCCAA